ACCAUCUGUGCUGUGCUCGGGGGGCGUGCGCUUAGACCAGGGGCUUGGAGAGGAACCUGGCACGGGAGAGGACCUGUGGGUCGUCGUCUGCAGCCCCGGCCGCCCAGAGUGCCGGGGAGAAGCGGAGGGCUCAUGUCCGCUGGGAAUUGUUGGCUGUUGGGGAAACUUUCCUGCCAGGUCAGGCAUGGCAUGGGGGGCUCUGUUUGGAACGCAGGUCGUCACUCGGAGUUUACUCCUGUUUACAAGGCUGCGCAGCAGGGAAACGGAAGAGUGGGGGGAGGUGGGGAGCCUUCGGCAGCCGCGAAACGCACAGAAGUCUCCUCUCCGCGAGGCGCCCCUGCGCGCUCUACCAGAAACUCGGUUUCGCAGCGACAUUUAUAAGAGGCCUAUUAGCAUAUUGGGAACGUCCCGCUUCGACAUUCUUUUGAUUGGCUGCGGCGUCCCCAUGGAAUGUCCUUAUCAGUCCGCUCCUGAGCCAUUGGUCGCCGGGCCGGAUGGGGGCGGGCCUUGCGCUGUGACUGGCACCGACCCGUGUUUCCGCGGCCUUCUUUUUUCUCUUUCGUGGAGGGGCUGGGAGGAGGGAGGAGGUUGAAUUGAUUUGAAUGUCUUCGGGUCGCCCGGCUUCCGGCCUUGGAUUGGCUAUCGGCGAUGCGGGGUGGGCCGUGUUCCCCAGUUCUGCUCCGUGAUUUGCUCCCCGUCUGGCCUCCGCCUGCGGCCCGAUGACCCCCCAUAGGCGGUGGUUCCCGGGGCGGGGUGCGUCGCCCGCUGGACGCCUCCCCAUUGGCCUGGUGAUGGCCCCGCCCUGACCCUUGGGGGGACCCGAGCCAGGCAACUUCCGGCCGCGGAGCAAUGGCGGCGCCCCGGUGCCAGGGGCAAGGCUUGUCAGCUGUGUUCCUGGCUCCACCGAGGACGAAGCAUAUGCCUCCCACCCAGGCCCCAGGGACCCGCGGGACAGGCCAGCGGCCGCGAGGAAGGAACGGGGGAAACUGCCAUUGCUUUCCCACAGUAAUGUUGCUGUGGAGCAUUUCUAGAUGAGGGGUCAGCAGCCGUUUGCGCUGAUGGGGCUGAAGAAACGGGUUUCCUGGCCAGAUACCUCCCUGGUUAGCACUGGUGUUCCUCCUGACAGACAUGUGUACUUGCACGACUUUGUUAAUAAGAGUACUUUGCUUGGGGCAUCCAAGAAAUACAUACCAUUAUGAAGAAAUCCUGAAGGAGCUAGAUGAGUAUUACGAGAAGUUUAAGCGGGAGACGGACAGCAACCAGAAGAGGAGAGCGUUGCACUGCAUUCAGAGAGCCCUGAUCCGCAGCCAGGAGCUGGGCGACGAGAAGAUCCAGAUUGUGAGUCAGAUGGUGGAGCUGGUGGAGAACAGGACCAGGCAGGUGGACAGUCACGUGGAACUCUUUGAGGCACACCAAGAGGUCAAUGACACCACUGGCCACAGUGGCAAAGCCGGCCAGGAUAAGUCCAAGAACGAGACAAUCACACAGGCAGAAAAGCCCAAUAACAAGAGGUCUCGGAGACAGCGCAACAACGAAAAUCGGGAGAAUGCAGCCAAUAAUCACGAUCAUGAUGACAUCACCUCAGGAACGCCUAAGGAGAAGAAAGCAAAGGCCUCCAAGAAGAAGAAACGCUCCAAGGCCAAAGCAGAGAGGGAAGCAUCCCCUGCAGACCUUCCCAUCGACCCGAACGAGCCCACGUACUGUCUGUGCAAUCAGGUCUCCUAUGGAGAAAUGAUCGGCUGUGACAAUGACGAGUGCCCCAUCGAGUGGUUCCACUUCUCCUGUGUAGGACUGAAUCAUAAACCAAAGGGCAAGUGGUACUGUCCCAAGUGUCGAGGGGAGAACGAGAAAACAAUGGACAAAGCCCUGGAGAAAUCCAAAAAGGAGAGGGCUUAUAACAGGUAGUUGGUGGACCUUGCUGAACAGGGAGGAGAACUAAGCCAGUGUAUUUAUUACAUUGCCACUUUUGGUGAGGCGCAAAGACUGUACAAUGUAUAUUUUUAAAGAAUGUUAGAAAAGGAGCCAUUCCUUUUGUAGGGAUGGCAGUGAUUCUCUGCCUUUUGUUUUCGUUGGUACACGUGUAACGAAAGUGGUCUGUGGAUCAACAUUUUAGAAACUUACAAAUAUAGGUUUGAAUUAAACACUCAAGUGAG